UGCGCACGCGGGAUUUUCCUUAAUUAAAGUAACAUAUUGCGUCCUGUAUGAGUUUAUUUUCCCGUGACAAGCAGAUCUCGUCGGUUCCGAGGGACUUAAGACAUUUUGGAGAGCUUUGGACAUUUGGAGAUCUUUUGCGCAGAAGUGCAAGAACUAAUCUGAACUCCCGCCGGAGGAUAUUACAUCACUAGAGUUUCAUUCACUCACGCAUCUGCAUGAACCUCCUAGACUCCUACCUGAAGAUGAGCGACGAGCAGGACAAGAUUCACUCCGACGCGCCCAGCCCGAGCAUGUCUGAGGAUUCGGCCGGUUCUCCGUGUCUGUCCGGAUCGGGCUCCGACACCGAGAACACCCGACCCGAGCAGAACCUCCUCGAGUUUAAGAAGGACGAGGAGAACAAGUUCCCCGUGUGUAUACGGGACGCUGUGUCGCAGGUUCUGAAGGGCUAUGAUUGGACUCUGGUACCCAUGCCUGUCCGCGUGAACGGCUCCAGUAAGAGCAAACCGCACGUGAAGAGACCCAUGAACGCGUUUAUGGUUUGGGCUCAAGCCGCGCGGAGGAAACUGGCGGACCAGUAUCCGCAUCUGCACAACGCCGAACUCAGCAAAACCCUCGGGAAACUCUGGAGAUUAUUGAACGAGGGAGAGAAGCGUCCAUUUGUGGAGGAGGCUGAGCGCUUGAGAGUCCAGCACAAAAAAGACCACCCCGAUUACAAGUAUCAGCCCAGACGGAGAAAAUCUGUGAAGAACGGCCAAAGUGAAUCUGAAGAUGGAGAGCAGACCCACAUCUCACCCAAUGCCAUCUUCAAAGCUCUGCAGCAGGCUGACUCUCCUGCAUCCAGCAUGGGUGAAGUGCAUUCCCCAGGAGACCACUUAGGCCAGUCCCAAGGCCCCCCCACACCUCCCACAACCCCUAAAACAGACCUGCCAUCUAGCAAAGCAGAUUUAAAGCGUGAAGGCCGCCCCCUGCAGGAGGGCAUUGAUUUCGGAGCAGUAGAUAUCGGCGAGCUGAGCAGCGAAGUGAUCUCCAACAUGGAGCCAUUUGAUGUCAAUGAGUUUGACCAGUACCUGCCUCCAAAUGGACAACCAGGAAUGGCGGUCGCCCAGGCAUACCCCAGCAGCUAUGGUCUCAACAGUCAAGCAGGAGGAGCUCCAGCACAUGGCUGGGUCUCCAAACAACCACAGCAGCAACAUUCAUUGAGCACAAUGGCCAACGGUGGUGAGCAAGGCCAAAGCCAGCAGAGAACACAAAUAAAGAAGGAGCAGUUGAGUCCAAGUCACUACAGUGAGCAGCAGGGCUCGCCGCAACACGUCACCUAUGGUUCCUUCAACCUGCAGCACUACAGCACCUCGUACCCCGCCAUCUCCCACACGCAGUACGAAUACGCAGACCACCAGAGUCCAGCUAACUCAUACUACAGCCACAGCACAGGGCAGAGCUCUGGUCUAUACACCGCCUUCAACUACAUGAGUACAAGCCAGAGGCCCAUCUACACCCCAAUAGCUGAUACGACGGGCAUCCCGUCUGUACCGCAAAUGCACAGUCCACAGCACUGGGAGCAACAGCCGGUAUACACCCAACUGUCCAGACCGUAAGAGACUGCUUACAACCGCAUUGGAAAACGCUGUAGUUUUUUUUAAUGUAUGGAACAGCUCCCAACAGUGCCUUUUAUAAAAAGUUUUGAGUUAUGAUUAUAUUUUCUAGAUAUAAUGAAGCAAAAUAUAAAUCCUCUGUGAGGACAUAUUCAAUAUAAUUAUUUUAGUAUGUACUGUGUAUGUGUUACCCGUGUUCUCAGUUGGUUCAAUUUGGGAUUUAUUUAGGGAGAAUAAACCGUGUCCUCUUUUCUCUGAUAUUAUUUUUAUAGAGAGGAAAAUAACAACUUUAACUCUCCUUUGCCUUUUAUUUUUCACUUAAUUGUAUGUUUAUACUGUAUGUUUGGGGGUCUCUUAUAGACAUUAUGUAUUGGGCAAAUGUGAGUUAGUGUGGGAGAAUUGUUGAUUUGACAGCACAAACAGAUGUAGAGUAUGAACUGUAAUACUUCUGUAGUCUGUGCUUAAGCGUGUCAGAGUUGCCAUAUCCGUGCCUAUAGAUCUCACCCUAUGACUUGCUGCAGAAGGAGGAACCGGAAGUGCCCUUUGACCUGAGGCUCCUCUGUAGCUCAUUAUUGGUCAGAUUGUCAUUCCUACAGCCGCUCUUUAAUUUAUUAAUUAGCGUUAAUUUUACUUCAAAGUAAUGCUAUUUUUUGUGAUAAAACAGCUGAUAAAUUCAGCAUUUUAUUAUUUACUUUGGCUUUGUAUGAAUAAUUUGUGAUAAAAAGCUAAAUGUUUCCAGAGAUGAUUACUGUUUUGUUUUGUUCAAACUUUAACCGUCUUCUUUAUUUAUCAUGUGUAAAUGUUUCUAAUUGAAAAUGUCUAAAAAUGUUCUUUUGAUAAUCUAGUUGAGGACAGAUGACAUAAAUGUGGAACUUAUUUUUCAAAAUGUUUUCCUUUAUAAAACAUAUUGACUUCUUCAGGCUGUUGGCUUUAAGAUUAUUGAAAACAAUAGAGUGUUCUCUCUAUGAAAACACCAGCAAUGCUUUGUUUUGAAAAAAAAAAAUAUUUAGUUUUUUAUUUCUGUAAAACAUGGCAUCAAGGAAGCUUAUCUUUUGUAUC